AUGGUCAGUGUGGCCCCAGAAGUGCCACCUGUCAGUGUCCAUCAGUGCCAGCAGUCAGUGCUCAUUAGUGCCACUUGCCAGUGCCCAUCAGUGCCACAUAUCAGAGCAUACCAGUGCACAACAAUGCCACAUAUCAGUGCCCAUCUGAGCUGCCUUUCAAUGUCACCCAUCAGUGCCAGUCAGUGCCACCUAUCAAUGCCAAUCAGUGCCACCUAUCAGUGCCAGUCUAUUCAGUGCCAGUAAGUGCUGCCUAAAAGUGCCAGCCAGUGCCGCCUAUCAGUGCCAGUCAGUGCUGCCUAUCAGUGCCACCUAUCAGUGCC